AUGAGCUCGAAUGGGAUAUCCAAAGACACGAAUGGUAUCAGCGAAGAUCCAGCAAUUUACUCAGUGCCACAAAAAGCAAAAAAGCUUUUCCAGAACGGUAUCCUCAAGAAUCCGUUAAUUGCACCAACUCUUCCCGCCGAGAUUGCGAGUUGCGCCGAAAAUAUUCACUUCGAAGGAAAUGACAAACCUAGCAUCCCCAUCAAUUGGCGGUUCGCAGAAAGCAUCGCGUCGUUGAAAGGCUUGGAAGCAGCCAUGAUCAAUGUGCUUUUGAAGAGAAAAUACGGCCUAGAACCGCAGAAAGUAGUCAUCAACACCGAUCACGCGCAGCUAUUCAUCAUGUCAGCGUUAACUUGGACCAUUGAUCCUAAUGGAGAGAAUGUAACCAUGGCCUCGGGGCCCAAGUAUGAUAAGUACAUCAGAAACCGCGACCUCCACGAUCAAGCACUAGGAUUCCAUCGUCAGUCAGCCACGAAUAUCUAUCGAACAAAAGACGGCCGGUUCUUCCAUCUGCAUGGCAGCAUGAACCCGGAACCCACAUUGAAGAGUCUGGGGCUUCCCGUUCGCAAGGACGUAAAAACGGUAGAAGAGUCUUGGAAACCAUUCGAAGAGAAGAUCGCGCAAAUCAACUCCGAGGAUCUCCAGAAGCUUGAAUCCGAUGAGUGGAAGCAGGCAGGCACGAUAUGUUGGACAAUCGAUGAGUAUCGCAAUAGUGAGCACGGAAAGGCAAACGCUCAUAUCGGUCUUUAUGACAUUAAAGACGUCCCUUCACCGAAUCAACCAGCCUGCUGGUGGCCUGAUUCUGCAGAAACCUCUCCGCAAAGACCACUAGCUGGACUGAAGAUCGUGGAUCUAACCCGUGUUAUUGCAGCGCCUGCAAUCACCCGUGGCCUGGCUGAGUUGGGCGCUAGUGUGAUGCGUGUCACUGCUCCUCAUAUCACUGAUUUCUCAGCGCUUCAUAUAGAUUUGAAUUGGGGGAAAUGGGAAUCAGAAUUAGACCUCCGGGAAGAAGACAACCGGGAAAAACUGCGUGCCUUGAUUCGAGAGGCUGAUGUCGUGGUCCACGGGUACCGUCCUGGAGUGCUUGACAAAUAUGGAUUCUCUCAGCAAUGCAUACUAGACCUCUGCAAGGACAGAGAGCGUGGUUUGAUCGUGGUGCGGGAGAAUUGCUAUGGAUGGCAAGGACCAUGGUCGUACAGAAGUGGCUGGCAGCAGAUCAGCGAUGCGAACUGUGGUGUAUCCAUGGAAUUUGGACGGGCAAUGGGCAACGAUGAACCGGUCACCCCUGUUUUCCCGAACUCGGAUUACUGCACAGGCGUUUCCGGCGUCGUAGCCAUUCUAAACGCAAUUCUACGGCGAGGAUCGGAUGGAGGAUCUUAUAGCAUUGAUAUCGCCUUGAACUACUACUCGCAGUGGUUGGUCAACAGUUGCGGAACCUAUUCCCCAGCAGUUUGGGAAGAUGUCUGGGCACGCAACGGAAAGCAUGUCUUCCGCCAUCAUCACAACAUGGGCUAUACGCUUCCACGGUAUAUUCAGAUGCUGAAGACGAAUAGCGGUUCAGUGCUUUUUAGGCCAGAGUUUUUUGAGGACCGGAAAAAUGAGGCGCUAGGGAAGUCAGUCCGGACAGUCGCGCCGGUUUUGAGAUUUCCGGAUGGUCCCGUCCAGUUGAGGUAUAAUAUUGGGACGCGUUCGAACGGAGUGGACAAGCCAUACUGGCCACAGAAUUUGAUGACAGAAAUUGUGGCGUAGAAUAUCUUUGUCGAAAAGGCUGCAUCAACCUUCAACAGGCGAGGGCAGUUAAGAGCCGAACGC